AUGGAUGUUCGCAAACCAUUACAGGGCUUCAAGAACUGUCUUGCUGAAUUAGAGGAAGAUGGAUACAAAGUUAAUACUGUAGCUACCGACCGCAAUAGGCAACUUGCAAAAUGGCUGCGUGUAGAAAGGAACGAUAUCAGCCAUAAAUUUGAUCCAUGGCAUUUUGCGAAAAACAUUAAAUCAAAACUGAGACCACUUGGCCUAAGAAAGGGAUGUAAAAUUCUGCAGGAAUGGAUCAAACCCGUCGGUAAUCACCUAUUUUGGUGUGCUGAAAAUUGUGAUGGAGAUGCAGAAAAGUUAGUGGACAUGUGGAAAUCAUUGUUACACCACGUGACAAACCGUCACAAAUUCAAAUGCUACAAAAAAUAUAAGCGUUGUGCUCAUAAAAGUUACACUAAAGAAAAAGUAAGACGAAAAAAGUGGGUCGAAAAGGAUAGUCCUGCUUAUAAUAACCUGGAGAAGGUGAUAAUGGAUGCGAAAAACCUCAAUGACAUGGUACAUUUGACAAAACCUUAUCACACUGGAAGUUUGGAAGUAUUCCAUUCCCUGAUAAAUUGUUAUGCACCCAAACGCCAAGAAUUUGAAUUGAACGUGAUGGCCUCGCGGGUAAAUUUAGCUAUUCUCGAUCACAACUGUAACGUAGACAGAAAGCAGGCUGUUAUCACUAAGGAGAGAAAUGGUUGCGGCGCUUUGGGCGAGAAGAGAUGGCGAUAUUUAUCAGUAAACUUUCAAAGGAGUGGAUUGCGAAGCCAGUCAUGGAAGCAAAAUCUCAUGAUUUUAUUGAAAAGUUGCUUAUGGAGGUAG